AUGGGGACGGCGCUGCUGCAGCGGGGGGGCUGCGUCCUGCUGUGCCUCUCGCUGCUGCUGCUGGGCUGCUGGGCGGAGCUGGGCAGCGGCCCUGGAGUUCCCGGGCGCCGAGGCCCAGUGGGACGCCGCUUCCCCAAGUGGAACGCCUGCUGCGAGAGCAAAAUGAGCUACAGCGGCGGCGGCGGGAGCCCCUUCGAAGCGGGCGACGAAGGCGAGGGCGGGGUGUGCCUCAACGGGGGCGUGUGCUCCGUGGUGGACGACCAGGCCGUGUGCGACUGCUCGCGGACCGGCUUCCACGGGAAGGACUGCAGCCAAGAAGACAACAAUGUGGAAGGUCUGGCGCACCUGAUGAUGGGCGACCAAGGUAAAAGUAAAGGAAAAGAAGAAUAUAUUGCCACUUUCAAGGGAUCUGAAUACUUCUGCUACGACUUGUCUCAAAACCCCAUUCAAAGCAGCAGCGAUGAAAUAACUCUGUCCUUUAAAACCCUUCAAAGGAAUGGACUGAUGCUUCACACUGGGAAAUCCGCUGAUUAUGUCAAUCUUGCCCUGAAAAAUGGAGCUGUCUCUCUGGUCAUUAAUUUGGGAUCAGGGGCCUUUGAAGCGCUAGUGGAGCCCGUGAACGGAAAGUUUAAUGAUAAUGCCUGGCAUGAUGUGAAAGUCACCAGGAAUCUGCGUCAGCACUCAGGCAUUGGACACGCUAUGGUGACAAUCUCAGUGGAUGGGAUUCUUACCACAACGGGCUACACGCAAGAAGAUUACACCAUGCUGGGUUCUGAUGACUUUUUCUAUGUCGGAGGCAGUCCCAGCACAGCAGACCUCCCAGGGUCUCCAGUCAGUAACAACUUUAUGGGCUGUCUCAAAGAGGUUGUAUAUAAAAAUAAUGAUGUAAGGCUGGAAUUAUCUCGACUUGCCAAGCAAGGAGACCCUAAGAUGAAGAUCCAUGGAGUAGUGGCAUUUAAAUGUGAGAAUGUUGCAACUUUGGACCCAAUCACCUUUGAAACCCCGGAGUCUUUCAUCUCUUUGCCUAAAUGGAAUGCAAAGAAAACAGGCUCCAUAUCAUUUGAUUUCCGCACAACAGAGCCAAAUGGCCUCAUCUUAUUUAGCCACGGCAAGCCACGACACCAAAAAGAUGCCAAGCACCCACAGAUGAUCAAGGUUGACUUCUUUGCUAUUGAGAUGCUGGAUGGCCACCUCUACCUCCUCCUAGACAUGGGGUCAGGUACAAUAAAAAUCAAAGCCCUGCAGAAGAAGGUGAAUGAUGGAGAAUGGUAUCAUGUGGACUUCCAGAGAGAUGGACGGUCAGGUACCAUUUCUGUCAACACUCUGCGCACACCCUACACUGCCCCCGGGGAGAGUGAGAUUCUGGACCUGGACGAUGAGUUGUACCUGGGGGGCCUCCCAGAAAAUAAAGCCGGCCUCGUCUUCCCCACCGAGGUGUGGACUGCCCUGCUCAACUAUGGCUACGUGGGCUGCAUCAGGGAUCUGUUCAUCGACGGCCAGAGCAAAGACAUCCGGCAAAUGGCUGAAGUGCAGAGCACCGCUGGAGUGAAGCCCUCCUGCUCCAGGGAAACAGCAAAACCGUGCCUUAGCAACCCUUGCAAAAACAACGGCAUGUGCCGGGAUGGGUGGAACCGAUACGUCUGCGAUUGCUCCGGAACAGGCUACCUGGGCAGGUCCUGCGAGAGAGAGGCAACGGUUCUGAGCUACGACGGGAGUAUGUUUAUGAAGAUCCAGCUCCCCGUGGUCAUGCACACAGAGGCUGAGGACGUGUCCUUACGGUUUCGAUCCCAGCGUGCAUAUGGCAUUCUCAUGGCAACCACCUCCAGGGACUCGGCAGACACCCUCCGCCUGGAGCUGGACGCAGGGCGUGUGAAACUGACGGUCAACCUAGAUUGUAUCAGGAUUAACUGUAAUUCCAGCAAAGGUCCCGAGACCCUUUUUGCCGGCUAUAACCUCAAUGAUAAUGAAUGGCACACAGUGCGUGUGGUUCGUCGAGGAAAAAGUUUAAAGUUAACGGUGGAUGACCAACAGGCCAUGACAGGUCAAAUGGCGGGCGAUCAUACCAGACUAGAGUUUCAUAACAUAGAGACUGGCAUCAUCACUGAACGGCGGUAUCUGUCUUCUGUCCCCUCCAACUUCAUUGGACACCUUCAGAGCCUGACAUUCAAUGGAAUGGCAUACAUUGACUUGUGUAAAAAUGGUGACAUAGAUUACUGUGAGCUCAAUGCCAGGUUUGGCUUCCGGAAUAUCAUAGCAGACCCUGUUACCUUCAAGACCAAAUCAAGCUAUGUUGCCUUAGCUACAUUGCAAGCCUACACUUCUAUGCAUCUUUUUUUCCAGUUCAAGACAACAUCCCUAGAUGGACUAAUUCUAUAUAACAGUGGGGAUGGAAAUGACUUUAUUGUGGUUGAAUUAGUCAAAGGGUACUUACAUUACGUGUUUGACUUGGGAAAUGGUGCUAACCUCAUCAAAGGGAGUUCAAAUAAACCUCUCAAUGACAAUCAGUGGCACAACGUGAUGAUAUCAAGGGACACCAGCAAUCUCCACACUGUAAAGAUUGACACGAAAAUCACAACGCAGAUCACCGCCGGAGCCAGGAACUUGGACCUCAAGAGUGACUUGUAUAUAGGAGGAGUGGCGAAAGAAACAUACAAGUCCUUGCCGAAACUUGUCCAUGCCAAGGAGGGCUUUCAAGGCUGCCUGGCAUCAGUCGAUCUAAAUGGACGGCUUCCAGACCUCAUCUCAGAUGCCCUUUUCUGCAAUGGACAGAUCGAGAGAGGAUGCGAAGGGCCCAGCACAACCUGCCAAGAGGACUCGUGUUCCAAUCAAGGCGUGUGCCUGCAGCAGUGGGAUGGCUUCAGCUGUGACUGCAGCAUGACUUCCUUCAGUGGCCCGCUCUGCAAUGACCCUGGGACAACGUAUAUCUUUAGCAAAGGUGGUGGACAAAUCACAUAUAAGUGGCCUCCUAAUGACCGGCCAAGUACACGAGCAGACAGACUGGCCAUAGGGUUUAGCACUGUUCAGAAAGAAGCUGUAUUGGUGCGUGUGGACAGUUCUUCUGGCCUGGGGGACUACCUAGAGCUGCAUAUACACCAAGGAAAAAUUGGAGUUAAAUUUAAUGUUGGGACAGAUGACAUCGCCAUCGAAGAGUCCAAUGCAAUCAUUAACGAUGGGAAAUACCACGUAGUGCGUUUCACGAGGAGUGGUGGCAAUGCCACCUUACAGGUGGACAGCUGGCCAGUGAUUGAGCGCUACCCUGCAGGAAACAAUGAUAACGAGCGCCUGGCGAUUGCUAGACAGCGAAUUCCAUAUCGACUUGGUCGAGUAGUUGAUGAAUGGCUACUCGACAAAGGGCGUCAGCUCACAAUCUUCAAUAGCCAAGCAACCAUAAUAAUUGGCGGGAAAGAGCAGGGCCAGCCCUUCCAGGGCCAGCUCUCUGGGCUUUACUACAAUGGCUUGAAAGUUCUGAAUAUGGCAGCUGAAAAUGAUGCCAACAUCGCCAUAGUGGGAAAUGUGAGACUGGUUGGUGAAGUGCCUUCCUCUAUGACAACUGAGUCGACAGCCACUGCCAUGCAGUCAGAGAUGUCCACGUCCAUUAUGGAGACCACCACCACCCUGGCCACUAGCACAGCCAGAAGAGGAAAGCCCCCUACGAAAGAGCCCAUCAGCCAGACCACAGAUGACAUCCUUGUGGCCUCAGCAGAGUGUCCCAGCGAUGACGAGGACAUUGAUCCCUGUGAGCCGAGCUCAGCCAACCCAACCCGGGCAGGGGGCAGAGAGCCAUACCCAGGCUCCGCAGAAGUGAUCCGGGAGUCCAGCAGCACCACGGGCAUGGUGGUAGGCAUAGUAGCCGCUGCCGCCCUGUGCAUCCUCAUCCUCCUCUAUGCCAUGUACAAGUACAGAAACCGGGAUGAAGGCUCAUACCACGUGGACGAGAGUCGAAACUACAUCAGUAACUCAGCACAGUCCAAUGGGGCUGUCGUAAAGGAGAAACAACCCAGCAGUGCGAAGAGCGCCAACAAAAAUAAGAAGAACAAGGAUAAAGAGUAUUACGUCUGA